AUGGCGACCGCUCUAUCGCCUGACCUUCAGGUCAUCUGCAAAAAGCUAGCCUCCAAUUCCCCCAACCAGCUGUUACAGUCUCUGCCGUCACUGGUCAACCAUGUCCUCCGCAGCAAACAGGCCCUCUCGGCCUCACAGGAUCCCAAGUCGAGCAGAAAAGGUGGCAGCUCAGAAAUCUCAAUGCUUGUCCACAAGCUAAAAUCACAAAUCACCACCCUUAUCCAAAGUCAUAACAAGGUGGCCAGGUUCGUUGCCAUCAGCCUCAUCAAGGCUGCCGUUGAUGUGGGCGGAUGGGAGGUCCUCCAAGGCUCCGAAACUUGGGUCCGGGAGCUACUUUCUAUCAUUCAGAAGGGCGAUCCUCUUGCUUCCAAGGAGCUGGCCGUCGCCGCUCUCACAAAGAUCUACGUGCUCAUCCACCCCUAUCAAACCUUGAACAGGGAAAUCGCCACAAAGACUAUUCCUGCUUUUGCGACUGCCUGUGUUCAGCUACUCAAGUCGGCGGCUAGCGACGACGCAUCACUAGAUUCAUUGAGCACUGCCGAGGUUGUAUGCGACGCCCUGUCAACCCUGAUUCCACUCUACCCAGCCACACUUCGACCUUCCAGCAGCCAGACCCAGACUGCUGUUAGGAAAUUCCUGGCGCCCACGCUGUCCGAUGGCAUCUUCAUCCCAGGUUCCUUGCAACAUGCUAGUAGAAGAGUGGUUAUUCUACAGCACUUUGUAGCUGCCAAGACCGGAGGCAGCGAAGAAUGGCUGAAGACCGUCACAUUUGUCAUCAACGAGCUUCACUCCACCGCCGACCAAGUUCUUCGAGCGGUAGAUGAGGCAUGGACACCUGCAGAUGGCAGCUCACGGGGCGUGGUUGAUCUCGAAUCGGAACCUCACGGAGGCGGCACGGCACCAAAUCUCACACCCUGGACCGGCAUCCAAGCUGGAACACAGCGGAUAAUCGGAUUGCUUCAAUACAUCUCAGACUGUCUACGGUCCCCGACCAAGGGUCAGGUUGCUGUACCUCUGGCUAAAAUCAUGGAUGCAGCUUCUCGACUCUGUCUGGUCGCCCGACUAUCGCCAAAGACUCAGUCAUGGGACCAAUCUAUCCAAACUAGAGCAGCAAUUGGUCGAGACGAAAAGGAAGAGCUGUGGAGUGCGAUACCAGAUAUCCACGUUGCGGUCCUCCAGGUGUUCCGGGUAUUAAUCCAGAGAUUUGAAAAGGAUACCCUUCCACUGGUUCCGGAAAUCCUGGAUCACAUUAUUCGUGUCUUCAACUCUGCUACCGAUAACGGGGUUAUUCGCACCGCCGCCUAUCAAACCUUGAAGGAUGCUUUAAGCAUUGCUGGGCCAACUCUCUCUAGGCCUACGGUGGACAUGCUCGGCCCCAUCAUUAGCGGAUGUUGCCGGGACCUCCAAGAAGACUCGGGGCAUUUGAAGCAGCCCAACAAACAAGCGAGCAAUAGUGGAGAGACCAAAAAGAACGGCAUAUCGGUCAACGCCGACCUCUUCCUCCAGAAACCUCAGGACUCCGCGGGGCCCCAAUCCGUUCCUCUGAACCCUCGUCACAAGGUGGCCGCGUCGGCCCUUCUAGCAUCAUUGCUGGCCGAGCUCCCCCAGCAGCAUCUCAAGCCAAGCUUACGAAGUCUUCUGGACCAGACCGCAAUCCUCACGAAGGACCGGGACGCCAUGCUGGCAAGCGUUCUCAAUCCUUACCUGGAUCCCAAGGGGCGCAGGUACGCCAGCCUCUUGCCUCACUUGACGCAACAGUAUCCCCAAGACCCCGCUCUUGAUAUUCUCCGUACGAAUCUCCGGACGGACGUUGGAGCUCCCGUGGUCGACCAGACAACACUCGAUGAGGAGGACGAGGCCGUAGACGAUGCGGACGAAGACAUGGCCGAGAAUGAAAACGAGGCGGACAACGACAUGAGCAUGGAUGUGGACGAGAAGACGACCGAGGGCGACGCCAAAUCCUCGGGUCUCCCCGCAGGCGCGCAAAUCAACAGGGAGCUUCCCGUACAGAGCAACCCAUUCAGUGUAUCAAAGACAGAGAAGCCCGCCGUGGCCUCGUCCAACGCCUUUGGGGACGUCAGACCACGAGCUGCCUCCCCCCCAAAGAGAAAGCACGAAGGCCCCAGCCCGGCAAACACCAAGAGGCGGGAACUGCAGGAUAGAGGGGAUCUGUCAAAACCAGCCCCAGCUGCGCCGGCAGAGGUGGCUGACGAUGACGAUGACGACAGCGACGAAAGCGUGCACCUGAACAUGGAGCUUGAGGACGAUGAUGAGGACGAGGACGAAGACGAGUAA